GGCAGAGACUUAGUCAGAAGUCCUUUCGUCAGCCACCCGGAUGGCAGCCUGCUCUGCUAACUGUCCCAGUUCACCAGUGGAUUGUGCGUUCUCUUCAUGCUGCAGGAAAAGGAGGAUACAGUACCUCACUCACCACAUCUCCAAAGCCUGUAGGAAGCUUCUCCGACCGGCCCGUGUGGGCGGGAACUAGAGCGCGGGGGUGCCAGACGCGGCGGGCAACGGGCGGUCGGCGGCGACACUGUCCCAGGCCAGCAGGGCACCAUGGGAAAGACCGGGCGGGGCUCGGCGGAACCAAUCUCUCACACGGAGGUGAGGCGUGCCAUUCCCUUCGAGGCCCUGGACCACGCCCCCUCCGGCAACGCCAAAGAGGAAGUGCCCGACCGGGGCGCCUGGAAGGGCAAGUUCGACUUCCUGCUCUCCUGCGUCGGGUACGCCAUCGGGCUGGGCAACGUCUGGAGGUUUCCCUACCUGUGCGGCAAGAACGGAGGAGGUGCUUUUCUUAUACCAUACUUCCUGACCCUGGUGUUUGCUGGGAUACCUCUCUUCCUGCUGGAAACAGCCCUGGGCCAGUACACCUCAGUGGGGGGGCUGGGAGUAUGGAAACUCAUACCUAUGAUGAAAGGCGUUGGCUUGGCUGCGGUUGUGCUAUCUUUCUGGCUGAACAUCUACUACAUAGUUAUUAUUGCCUGGGCUCUCUACUACCUUUUCAACUCAUUCAGAAAGGAGCUCCCUUGGCAGAGCUGUGGCCACACGUGGAACACGGACAGCUGCUUCUCCAACUACAGCCUGACGGACACCACCAACCUGACCAGCGCCGUCACCGAGUUCUGGGUGAGGAACAUGCACCAGAUGUCCAGCGGGCUGGAGGAGCCGGGGGAGCUGCGCUGGCCCCUGGCCGGCACUCUGGCCCUGGCCUGGGUCCUGGUCUACUUCUCCAUCUGGAAGGGAGUGGAGUGGACCGGCAAGGUGGUGUACUUCUCGGCCACGUACCCUUACUUCAUGCUCUUCAUCCUGUUUUUCCGUGGGGUCACCCUCCCCGGGGCGAAAGAGGGGAUCCUCUUCUACAUCACGCCUGACUUCAACAAGCUCGUCAAAUCUGAGGUGUGGCUGGACGCCGCCACUCAGAUCUUCUUCUCGUACGGCCUGGGGCUGGGCUCGCUGAUCGCCCUGGGGAGCUACAACAGCUUCAACAACAACGUGUACAAGGACUCCAUCAUCGUCUGCUGCAUCAACUCCUUCACCAGCAUGUUCGCCGGCUUCGUCAUCUUCUCCAUCGUGGGCUUCAUGUCGCACAUCACCAAGAAGCCCAUCCAGGAGCUGGCGGCCUCAGGUCCUGGCUUGGCGUUCCUGGCCUACCCCCAGGCAGUCACCCAGCUGCCCAUGUCCUCUCUCUGGGCCAUUCUCUUCUUCUCCAUGCUGCUGAUGCUGGGCCUGGACAGCCAGUUCUGCACAGUAGAGGGCUUCAUCACCGCUCUGAUGGACGAGUACCCCACGGUGCUGAGGAAGAGGAAGAAGCUCUUCAUCCUGAUUGUGUGCGCACUGUCCUUCCUCGUUGGAUUAUCCAACAUCACCCAGGGUGGUCUGUACGUCUUCAAGCUGUUCGACUAUUACUCUGCAAGUGGGAUGUGUCUUCUGUUCCUCAUCUUCUUUGAGACCAUAUCCAUAUCCUGGCUUUACGGGGCAGAAAAGUUCUACAAGAAUAUUGAGGAGAUGAUUGGCUACAGACCCUGCAUCUGGUGGAAACUGUGCUGGAUAUAUUUCACUCCACUCAUCUGCCUGGGGGUGUUCACGUUCAGUGCCAUUGAGAUGACUCCGCUCACACUGGGGAAGUAUGUCUUCCCGACCUGGGGCCAGGGCAUCGGCUGGCUCAUGUCCCUCUCCUCCAUGGUGCUGAUCCCGGGGUACGCCAUCUACAUGCUCGUCACCACCAAAGGGAGCGUCCGACAGCGAUGGCACAAGAUGUCCCGGCCCCGAGAGGACCUCGAACCUCAGGAGCGAAAUGAAGUCACGCACAAGACCUCACUGACUGAGAGCACCAUGGACGAUUCUGUCUGACUGGAGCGCAGUGCAUUCUGGGGACUGUAGGCAGACAUGAACAUGAAAGUGGCAGCUUGUGUUCUUGGCCUGAGAAAACAUUUUUAAAAAGAAACAGCAUUUUCAUAAAAUAUGAACCACAUAAGUGGAUCAGGACCCAUGAGUACAUUUGUGAAAGGUAAGGCUGGGUGUCUAGUGUAGAGGGAAUGGAAGAUUCUCUCUUGUGAAUCAGGCUCUUUAUAUAUAUUAUUUAAGUCUAUAAAAGGGAAAACUUGAUCUUUUUUUGUGAAGUUAGCCUUAAUAAAAUUGACAGCUCUGCUAACGUGUUUCCCAGUGAUUGUGCAACUGUAUAUCUGUUCCCUCCUGUUUUAAUUCACCAUUUACCCCCUCACUGUCAUGAGAUAGAUACAAAUCUUAAACAGGUACUGAAAGGCAGACAUUUCUAUUUUCCAAGCUUUUCUUGCUUGUUCCCCUCUGGACCGGCACAGUAAAAUGCCCAGGGUUAAUUCAACUCUAACAGUGUUUAUAUGAGUUCAAUAAGAACCAUAUGUACACUAUAAGACUCGAUUCAACACUGUACAUUUUACUGUGUGGGCCUCCAGGUUACCCACAAUGCAGCUUGGGUUACCUUUGACCCUUUCAUCUUUCACCACAUACCAGUUGUACAUUCCGUCUCCCAGGUGAUAAGGGGAAAUGUUAGAUGUAAAGGCCUUUGUUUUACUGUAAAUGACCUACAAAACACUAAGAAAUUAAUUUAUAUUUGGUUUAUCAUGAAAAGACCAUUUCACCUUUAUGUUUUAAAUGAAUUAUAUAUAUAUAUAUAUAUAUAUAUAUAGGGCAUUUACAACUUGUGGUUUAUUGUGGAUGUACGCAUGGCAUGUGAUGAUUUUAACCGGUUCUUAAAUCUAGACGUGUUGGUUUUUGUAAAGUUGUACAUAUUUUUUGGUGAAUUCAAAUGUAUGAAACUAUUCAAUUUUAAUAAGAUGAUGAAAUUGCCAGAAUAUAUCCCUGUAACCAAGGUAACAGGAGACCUUUUGUGAGAAAACAUUUUUAAGCAGUAUAUUCCAUAAUAGUUAAGCGAUAUCAUCAAAAGUGAUUACGCCUCGUAUUACAUACUAUUGAGAUCUUUCUGAAAUUCAAUAAAAAUGCAGCAAAUGUACCUAAUGUGUUCUGAAAUGAG